UUUAUUUAUUUUAAUGCUUUGUAGUGUUAAUUUUGAGUGUUCUUUUGGGAGUGCCUGGCUAAUCAGGCCAACUGAAGAAAACCAUUGUUUUGACUGACAACUUGCCAGUAUCCUGACUGCAGAACUAGGGAGCUGAGUGAGAUGCAUCCAUAGUUUGGAUUUAAUUUGGAUUAAAUUUUAUUAUUGUAAAUUAUUCUCAUAUUAAACAUGACAGUGUGUUCACACACACAGAACAACUCCUGGUGAAGUAACUGAGAUCCACGUGACACUAUUAUAAAGAUGGCAUUUAUUAAAGAGGAGAGUGAAGACAUGAAGAUUGAAGAAGCAUUCAGAGUCAAACAUGAAGAUACUGAGGAACAAACAGACCUGAUGUUGCUGAAAGAGGAGAGUCAAGAACUGAGUGAAAUGGGAAAAAAAGAUAAGAAAAAUCAUGAUUUCCUGACUGGAGAAAAAUCCACGCAGGCUAAGAAGACCUCACGAAAAAGAGCUCGGAAGACCAAAUCUAAAUCUAACUACACUUGCCGUCAAUGUGGAAAGAGUUUCAAUCAAAAACAUAGUCUUGAAGUCCACAUGAGAGUUCACACUGGAGAGAAACCUUUCAGCUGUCAACAGUGUGGAAAAAGUUUCACUCAAAAACAAAACCUUAAAAAUCACAUGAGAAUCCACACUGGAGAAAAGCCUUAUUCAUGCCCUCAGUGUGGAAGGAGUUUUACAUAUAAACCAUCCCUUGAUUCCCACAUGAGAACUCACACUGGAGAGACCCCUUACACCUGCAAAUAUUGUGGGAAGAAGUUCUCACAAAAAGGAAACCUUCAGACUCACAUAAGGCUUCACACUGGAGAGAAGCCUUUCUCAUGUCUUCAAUGUGAAAAGAGUUUUACAUAUCAAAGAGACCUUAAGCAACAUUUGCAAACUCAUUCUGGAGAGAGCCCUUUUACAUGCCAACAGUGUGGAAAAAGUUUCAAACAAAAAGGAAACCUUAAUAACCACAUGAGAAUUCACACAGGAGAGAAGCCUUACACAUGCCCUCUGUGUGAAAAGAGUUUCAAUCAAGAUGGAAACCUUAAAGCCCACAUGAGAAUUCAUUCUGGGGAGAAGCCUUACACAUGCCCUCAGUGUGGAAGGAGUUUUGAUCUACAAGGAAACCUUAACGUCCAUAUGAGAAUUAAUACUGGAGAGAACCCUUUCACCUGCCAACAGUGUGGAAAAAGUUUCACUCAAAAAGGAAGCUUUAACAGGCACAUGAGAAUUCACACUGGAGAGAAGCCAUUUACCUGCCAACAGUGUGGAAAAUGUUUCACCCGAAGAGGAAUUCUUAAUGACCACAUGAGAAUUCACACCCGAGAAAGUGAGGCAGACAGUGACAGCGAUGAGGACCUUCCCUCAAACCUUGAAGCUCUUGACGGAACUGAAGAUGAAGAGACUUCCACAACGCCCACCCAUGUUUUUGCUGAGGCAGACGGGAUAAACUCAUCAUCCUGGAAGAAGAUGUUGUCGGAGAAAUUGUUGAGGAAACAAACCGCUAUGCCUCAGAAAUACAAGAACGAGAGAUGA